GCAAGAUAUCUGUUAACGAUUCGUGCAGAUGCUGCGCUUGAUAUAAAAAUAAGUUCUGCUUCUCUCUCUCUCUCUCUCCCUCUCUUUCUCUCUCUCUCUCUCUCUCUCUCUUCCUUACUUCCUGUUUUCUAUCUCUAUCCUAUCAAUGAACCGGCUAAUAGUCGCUGGCUCCUGAACGUUACGACGGCGGCAGCGACGACGGUGCCUCUCGUGUCUGGACAGCUGGUGCGUGCCAGGGAGCGUUUUGCAAGAUGCGAGAUUCGCCUCUCGCGGCGAGGGAGUCCUCAUCGUGAGUUUAGGCGGACUUGGACUACCUCUGGCAAAGUGUGUAGGCCGAGGUAUCGCGCAUUACGUAAAACCGUGGAAAAAAAAUUAAUUACCAGGAAAGAAAGAAAACAAAGUGUGGGUGAAGAAGGGAGACGAUCUUGUUAUAUCCUGUAUGUGUGUGAACGUCGCGAUGAGGAGAGCAUCGUUUGAUAACGAAACAUCCUCUAUAUCAGCGUUUGUACGGUCAUCGCGAGAUUUCGUAGAGCUUGCGUAAAUGGAGGAUCCGCAUCGCGUUGCAAACGUUUCGAAUGUCCACAGACACGCUAACGGCAAGCGCAACAUUCUCAGCAACGCAUCAUACGGGCUCUCGUGCACCAAGGAUGCCGAAUAUAAGCGCAGCGUGAAUUAUAGUAGCUCCCUGCAACAGGACAAGAAUCAUCUGCAACGCAGCGUAUCCGCGGACAAUGUUAUAAUUUAUUCGCGCGGUUAUAAGCCAUCCGACAGACACGAUCCAGUCAAAAGAAACUUCCUUGAGAAUCUCACUUCAAGAAUAUUGCAUUUCGGCAUGGAAGGGGGUGAAAUUACUCCGAUUAACUUGCAAAAAUUACUCACUCCGGCGUCGGACUCUCACGAGACACUACAAUCAAAAAAUAAGAAAAUGUUUGCAUCUUCAUAUUUUUAUGCACCGACGCACCCUACAGUCGAAGAUCAAGUCGAAUUGGCACGUCGAAUUUCGCAUUCACUUAGUGAUGUGAAAAAUGUGAAGAGUAAAGGACAAACUAUGUAUGUGAAUAGGAAAAAGCGAUCUGUUAAAUGGAUCCACGAUGGCAAUGGUGUCGAAGAUGAAGAAGAGUCGAUUACAACAAUUCACAAGGAUAAACUACCUCUCAAAUGCGUGAUGAAUCCAUGCGGGAAAGUGCUGGACAUUCAUGGUAUUCAAGCAUUAGGCGAAGAGGUCAAUAUCGCGCCAAAAAAUCCUGAAAAACUCUUUGAUAUUGUUCGCGAUUUAAACAAUCAAAAAGGACGUGGUGCCGAGAUAUUUGCAAAACGUAGGAAAAGAUCGGAAAAGUGGGUGGUGGAUCAAGAACAGCCACAAACACCGAAUACACCCACCACACCGAAAACGCCAGUCUAUCCGGAAAAAUCGGAAAUUAACGGUAAUUUGAAGCCCAUGACGCAGUCAUCAUUGACACCUCGUACGCCGGUCACGAGCAUCGACAAAUCGUUUUAUAAUCCUUUCACAGUGGAUAUCUCCCGUGAUAGCACGAAUACGCCUAUAACAGUUACAGACAGACGAUCGCACUGUAAUGUUAGCCGAUGUGAUCACUCGAGCAAGGUUAAAAAGAUUUAUCUACGAGAAAUUGCAGUCGGCACAGACUCCGAUUUCCCUCUAGACCAAUCUCGAUCGUCCUUCAUGGAAAAAUCCCAUCGUAUCGCUUUUGAAUCCACUAACGAUCAGCGAGCUAAUAUCAUCAAUAAUUGCAUUGUCGCGAAUAACAGUAACAGAUACAUUAAUAACAACUAUCAAUCGCCGAGGAAAUCCAUUCUUUGCAACGCGCAGAACAACAAUGAGAAAGAUUCCAGAAUGCAACGAUGUUUCGAUAACAAAUACAACGACAAUGUGAUCGAUAAAAUUGGGAACAAGCAAUUGGACAGCAAUCAGAUGCGCAAUGAUAAUGAGGAAAACGGAUAUACUCCUGUACCAGUGAAGCAAUUGAUACAAGAAUUUGAGAAAACCUGUAGACCCGUUCUGCAGUACAAGCAGAUUAGUCCGAAGAUCAUUCCAAUCGUACAACAGUCUCCAUUGGAUAACGACAUAGCACGUUUCUUCGAGACGAGAAAUUCUGCUAAAUGCAACAACGAGGAGAAAGAAUACGCACGUGCACGUGAAAACUACGAAAGAUCCGUGAAACUGCAGUCCCAAUACAACGGCCGAUUACAUGACACACGCGAAACCUAUGAAAAAAAAUUGCAAUCUCAAUACAACGGCCAAUUAUACGGUGCGUGCAAUAGCUACGGGGGAUCAGCGAAACUGCAGUCUCCAUAUAACGGCUACGUUUCUACUGACGACAGCGAAUACACGACGGAUGAUACCGAUUCCGAAGAAAUCAGCGACUACCAGAACGAAGCGGGAUCUAUAGAUCGCGGCAAUUCCGCGCCGUCUGCUCUGUUAAACUGCUGCGACAAUAGCGAGUACUCGAUUGCACUCGAAGAUGAAUAUGCGAAUACUCGACGUCAUUCGAUCACAUCACAGGAAUUGGAAGUCCUGUAUGCUAAUGGCGCGGAUGCAAAGUUUAUUAACACCGAGACUGAGAUACCUCCCGAAGCGAAAUCGCUAAUAUUCUCGAUGGUCGCUUCGCAAGGGGAUAUACUUGAGACUAAAAAACAUCUGCGUAGCACGCCAGUCCUGGAGAAUCUCUUAGGCACUGCUACACCAGAAUGCAAAAUCGAUGACGUUAACUCGGAAUUAGGCAACAAACUAUACGAGAAUAACAAUUAUUCUGGACCAAAAUUAGCCAGUCUCCACAAUCUCACGAAUUACAAUACAGCGCCGCGUGGAUGGGAUCAAUCUCUUACAUUUUACCGGCCUAUUAAAUUCGAGAAACCGCAAGAGAUUAUGUAUUCUGAUUUUUAGACAUAUUUGUUAAAUAUUGAAUUUUGUAAUUACAACUCUUUUAAGUCGUCGGGAUUGAAGAAAAUGAGCAAUCGUGAAUGAAAUUCAUCUGAAGUGUCAAGGAGAGUGAUCAUAAUGUGUUUUUGCACCGUUGUAUUCAUAUUUUCACUAGCAUCAUAAUUUAAAAAUCAACAAUCUACAACAAUCAUCCAAAUAUUAUAUCAUGAAUAGCAUAUGCGAUGUUAAUGACGUAAUUAAUUAACGGCGCCAUACACGCGACAUGUUUGAAGUUUCGUUUUGCUUGGUGUACCACUACCUCUUUUCUGUCCCUCUGUGAGAUAUUUAGCGUUGUUCGUGCUUUGACGGUGUUACAUUACUGCAUUUUACUUUAUUAUAUUAUGAAAAUAAAUAUAUUGUUUUCCUAAUA